GAGACUUGAUCGAGAUGAAACUGUUCGUAUUCCUGGCCUUGGCCGUGGCUGCGGCUACCGCCAUCCCUGCACCCCAGCAAAAGCUGAGCCCUGUGGCCGUCAAGGACAUUCAGGGACGCAUCACCAACGGCUACCCGGCAUACGAGGGUAAGGUGCCCUACAUUGUUGGCCUGACCUUCAGCGGCAACGGCAACUGGUGGUGCGGUGGCUCGAUCAUCGGCAACACCUGGGUCCUGACUGCUGCUCACUGCACCAACGGAGCCAACGGUGUGACCAUCAACUACGGCGCCAGCAUCCGCACCCAGCCCCAGUACUCCCACUGGGUUGGCAGCGGUGACUUCAUCCAGCACCACCACUACAACAGCGGCAACCUGCACAACGACAUCUCCCUGAUCCGUACUCCCCACGUCGACUUCUGGAACCUGGUCAACAAGGUUGAGCUGCCCAGCUACAACGAUCGCUACCAGAGCUACGCUGGCUGGUGGGCCGUUGCCUCCGGAUGGGGUGGCACCUACGACGGCAGCCCGCUGCCCGACUGGCUCCAGUCUGUGGAUGUCCAGAUCAUUUCCCAAGACGAGUGCAGCCGCUUCUGGAAUCUGCACGACCAAAUGAUCUGCAUCAACACCGAGGGCGGCAGGUCUACUUGCGGCGGUGACUCCGGUGGUCCCCUGGUGACACACGACGGCAACCGUCUGGUUGGAGUGACCUCCUUCGUCUCCGGUGCUGGCUGCCAGGCCGGACAUCCUUCCGUCUUCACCCGCGUCACUGGCUACUUGGACUGGAUCCGGGACAACGCCGGCAUCUCCUACUAAAGAUUUGAAUAAAAAACUUUGAGCAUUGCAA